AUGCACCAACAAUCUUCCUCCCUGCCAGAAAACAUACAACCACCGACUUCAGCAGCCACCCCCAACCAUGGAAGUCUGAGCAUAUCCCAGGACACCCACCCUGUUCUUUCUUCCAAUCUUGAUCCUCCCAAUGAAGAGUCAAAGUAUACGCCUGGGCUUUGGUCAUCCGGAGGCAGCACAACGGUCUCCCUCUCUAGCAAUCAAAUUGCAGAAAGCACAACAGUUGGCUCGGUUCUCAGCCGCCACUUUCGAGCCAAUAUAGACACUAAGCAUACUGAUAUAGUCCUCAUAAUAUGUGGAUUCGUUGGUGGCCUGGUUGAUGGGUUGUCAUUCAAUGCAUGGGGAAGCUUUUCGAGUAUGCAAACAGGGAACACUGUUUUCCUAGCUUUAGGGCCUUCCGGCCAGCCUGCUUAUCCGGCAUACCUCUGGGCCAAGUCUCUCAUCGCUCUCAGCGUUUUUAUUGCGAGCAAUGUUUUCUUCAUUCGCCUCCAUCGGAUACUAAGCCCACGGCGCCGCUCAACAAUGAUUGUCUCGUUCACCAUUCAGACUUUGGCUCUCCUGGUGACAGCAAUCUUAAUUCAGCUUGGUAUUAUUUCCCCAAAGCCGGAAGACCCUCGUGCCCCCAUUGAAUGGAUGCAAGUUCUCCCGAUUUCCCUUUUAUCUUUCCAAGCUGGAGGACAGAUAUGCGCCUCCCGCAUUCUUGCACUAGAUGAGAUCCCAACAGUG